GAACUCAUGGCAUUGUGUUUGAAGGACCUGGAAAAGAGAAAAGAGCAAGAACUUGGUAACAGGAGGAGCAUAGAACAGGCUGCUAAUGAUCUGAAGGGACAUGCCAUUAUGAGCAAAAGGCAGCUGUCAGACACAGUGGCUGAGCUCCGGUUACUCCUUGGGGAAGAGGAGGAUCUGGCAAAAAAAUUCAUUGAUAAAAAGACUCAGCAAACCCUGGAAGCAUAUGAUCAGCAGGUGGAGUCCUGUCAAGAAAAACUUGCUGCCCUGGAGAGCUUCUCACAUAGAAUCAGACAAAUACAACAGCACAGUGAUCCUAUUCAGUUGCUGGAGGAGUACAUAGAAAUGGAGAAGGAAAUGCAGGAGCCCAGGCAGCUGUUGGAGCAGUGGCAUCCAAAUCCUCUCUCAUUUGAACAUGUGCUGAACUAUUAUAAGCACUUUGGGACAGCUCUCCAGUCCGUUCUACAGAAACCACUAGAAGCCCGGCUUACAGAAGAUAUCUUCAGUAGCCUUAGUGCCACUUCAGAGAAGGAGCCUGGAGCAGUGUUCAAAAUCACAUCUGCUGCUGAUCGGUUUCUUUUCUUAAAACAUGCAAGAUCACCAACCUGGGAGUAUAACAGCCUUCACCCAAAGCUGAAGUUGUCCGAUGACCGUCUCACAGUAAGCUGUAACUGGAGGAGAAUAUUCUACCCCUGUGGUCCCCAAAGAUUCGACAAACUAUGGCAAGUACUAAGCAGAGAUGCAUUCCUCUCUGGGAGCCACUACUGGGAAGUUGACCUGCUUCAUGCUGGAGCAGGAUGGUGGGUUGGCGCAGCCUACCCUUCCAUUGGCAGGAAAGGAGACUCUGAAACCUGCCGACUGGGCUGGAACAGAUCAUCUUGGUGCCUCAAGCGGUUUGACUUCGAGUACUGGGCCUUUCACAAUGGGGAGAGAAUCCCCAUCCCGACCGAGAAUGAUCCCGACUGCGUCGGCGUUUUUCUGGAUUAUGAAGCAGGAAUCCUCUCAUUCUACGACGUGUCCAAUGGCAUGGCUCAUCUGCAUACCUUCCGCUGCAAGUUCACAGAACCAGUGUACCCGGCCGUCAGGCUCUGGGAAGGCUCCAUCGCAGUACGCAAACUGACGUAA